AUGCUGAAUUUGGGUGUGUCAUUAAUCCGAGAGCUCCGUUGUCUUGGCAAUCAAGAGCUCAUCGAAGUCUAUUAUUGUGGAAUACGUGAGCUGUCCAAUAAAUCAAUAGAUCUCUUGUUCCGACUAGACAACCGAUUGGAACUGGUGGAUGUGUGCUCCGACUACUUGGCUCGUAAAGUCAUCACGGCUAAUAUGGCGAAGAAGUUUCAGAGUUGGUGGAUCAAGCCGCUUGCAAUUUAUCACACAGAUGUUCGCCAUGUCCUGUUGUUGGAUGCGGAUAAUGUCAUCUUUAGGGAUCCUGCCAUUGUUCGCAGCCUUGAUGGAUACGUAAGGACAGGUACCACGUUUUUUUACGACCGUGUUAUACCCGGCAAACGAUUUUUGACUGGCAAUGACAGUGGGGAAAUAUAUUUGCACAAACUCUUGCAUGAGUUUAACUACGCCAGGUUUAACGUUUCAGACGGGUAUGCUCCUUCACAACACAUGGUUGACUCUUUCGCAUUUAAUGGCUUAACAAUUCACGAAAUGGAUUCGUCUAUGGUAUUGAUUGACAAGGCAAGGGCUGGAAAGGCGGUCAUGGACAUUCUAUUCUGGUUCAUCACAAAGGAACGCUUUCGCUUCAAAUUGUCAUGGGGUGAUAAAGAGACAUUUUGGUUGGCAUUCGAAUUAGCUCGUAUUCCAUACUUUUUCUCGCCGUGGGGUAUCAGCGCGGUAAAUUCGGUGCCUAACGAAGACAUUAAAAAACAUCCCAAAACACUUUGCAGCGGAAUGCUGCAAUACAUGCCAACAUCGGAUCCUGGCACUGUGACGGCAGACGUUUUGUACGUGAACAGCAAGUCCUUGAUCGAUCCGUAUCCUCAAGGUUUCAAUCCUAAGCGCAAAGUCAAGCCAAAUAAUAUGUUUAACAUGUUUCCAACACACAUGACACCUCGUCAAGGGCGAAAAAAGAGCAAGAACGCAAAAAAGAAGUACACUUCUGAAUGCUUAGUCGAUAUGGGAUCCACUCCUUUACCAGACUAUUUUGCUCCUCGUUUAUUGCGUCGCAGACUUCACUUUUUUGGCCUAUCUAUGGGUGUUCUCGGCUCGUUGGAGCAAUGCGAGACGUACACAUGA